AUGUUGGCUAGAUCUCUUGGUGAAAUUCCUCAAGCUAAUGCUGGAAAUCGGAAUGGUGAUGAUGAUGAGUAUCGUGCUUUGGGGAAGUUCCAGAGGAAUAAUUCUCCUACCUAUGAGGGAGAGCAUGAACCGGAUAACGCUCAAGCUUGGUUGAAGGCGAUCGAGAAAAUCUUUCGAGUCAUGAAUUGCACUGAUGCUCAGAGAGUGCAGUUUGGUACUCACAUACUGGAGAAGGAAGCUGAGGAUUGGUGGGAUUAUCGUGGAAAGAAAGAGGUGGAAUUCCUUGAGUUGAAGCAAGGAAAUGGUAUUGUUGCUGUAUAUGCUGCUAGAUUUCAAGAGCUUAUCAAGUAUUGUCCUCACUAUAAUACUAUGAAUGCGGAGAGAUCUAAGUGUUUAAAGUUUGUCAAUGGUUUGAGGCGUGAUAUCAAGAAGGCAAUUGGUUAUCAACAAAUUACUCGUUUUACGGAGUUGGUUAACAAGAGUCGGAUCUAUGAUGAGGAUAUUAGGGAGAGUGCUUCUCACUACAAGGCUAUGAAUGAGAAGAAAUUUCAAUUCCGUGGGAAACCGUAUGAUGGUAAAGGAAAGCAGAAAGCUUGUAAUGGCAAGAAACCGAGUGGGGGAGGAUCUCACACUCUUGUCAAGUGCUAUAGGUAUGGUGUGGAGGGACAUCGUAUUUUUGAAUGUCCUUAG